UAUACUAAUAACGUCCCAAGUAGAAAUAACGUUCCUCAGUUUGCCGGUGUUCCACGUUGGUCCGACAUUUUUACGUGACGCUCAGGAACAUUGUGAAAAUGCUGCGAAACUCUUGCACAUUGGGGCGUCUUUUGGCCUUAGGACAGAGGGCUUCACCAUCUAGAGUUCCUUAUAAACGUUAUAGCAGUGAUGGUAUUCCAACAACCAAAAUGUUUAUCAAUGGACAAUUUUCAGAUUCAAAAAGCUCUAAAUGGAUCGAUCUCCAUAACCCUGCGACAAAUGAGGUGAUAACUAGAGUCCCUGAGUGUACACAAGAUGAGAUGCAAGCAGCCGUUGAUGCUGCUGCUGCAGCAUUCCUCUCAUGGUCGGAGUCAUCUGUCCUCACCAGACAACAGAUAAUGUUCAACCUGCAACACCUAAUUAAAAAAAACAUGAAAGAACUGGCCAAGAAUAUAACACUGGAACAAGGCAAAACGCUAGCAGAUGCUGAAGGAGAUGUGUUGAGAGGCCUCCAGGUUGUGGAGCAUACAUGUUCCAUCACUUCACUGCAAAUGGGUGAAACCAUGCCCUCAGUUACAAAAGACAUGGACACCUACUCCUACAGAGUACCCUUGGGAGUCUGUGCCGGAAUCACACCGUUCAACUUUCCUGCCAUGAUUCCUCUUUGGAUGUUCCCUAUGGCCAUGGUUUGUGGUAACACCUAUGUCAUCAAGCCAUCAGAGCGUGAUCCUGGAGCGACAAUGAUGCUACUUAAGAUGGCUCAGGAUGCUGGAGUCCCCGAUGGAGUUGUCAACUGUAUCCAUGGUGCAAGAGAGGCUGUGAAAUUCAUUUGCGAGAACCCUACUAUCAAAGCAAUCUCUUUCGUGGGGUCUGACCAAGCUGGCAAGUACAUUUAUGAGACUGGUUCCAAGCAUGGCAAACGAGUGCAGAGUAAUAUGGGAGCCAAGAACCAUGGAGUUAUUAUGCCAGAUGCCAAUAAGGAAAACACUAUCAACCAGCUUGUAGGUGCAGCAUUUGGUGCUGCUGGGCAAAGGUGCAUGGCACUUUCCACAGCUAUAUUUGUGGGAGAGACCAAAGAGUGGAUCCCAGAAAUUGUGGAAAAAGCCAAGCAGCUCAAAGUUAGCGCAGGUGACCAGCCUGGAGCAGACUUGGGCCCAAUGAUCUCCCCCCAAGCCAAAAAGAGGGCUUGCGACCUUGUCCAAAGUGGUGUUGAACAAGGAGCUUCCCUUGACCUUGAUGGCAGGGAUAUAGUCGUCAAGGGAUAUGAGAACGGAAACUUUGUAGGGCCAACUGUCCUCUCUAAUGUCACUCCUGAGAUGACUUGCUAUAAAGAAGAGAUUUUUGGGCCUGUUCUUGUUGCUCUGAAUGCUGACACAUUGGAAGAUGCCGUGGAAAUCAUCAACCGCAACCCAUAUGGAAACGGGACAGCCAUCUUCACAAAAUCAGGAGCAAUUGCCCGCAAAUUUGCACAGAAAGCUAAUGUUGGACAGAUUGGUAUCAACGUACCCAUCCCCUCUAUCUUAUUCCUCCCUGUGUUUUCUACUGCAGAUUGGUAUCAACGUACCCAUCCCCUCUAUCUUAUUUCUCCCCGUUAGAGAUUAGUAUUUACAUAUCCCAUUCAUUCUAUCUUAUUCCUCCCUGUGUUUUCUACUGCAGAUUGGUAUCAACGUACCCAUCCCCUCUAUCUUAUUCCUCCCUGUGUUUUCUACUGCAGAUUGGUAUCAAUGUACCCAUCCCCUCUAUCUUAUUCCUCCCUGUGUUUUCUACUGCAGAUUGGUAUCAACGUACCCAUCCCCUCUGUCUUAUUCCUCCCUGUGUUUUCUACUGCAGAUUGGUAUCAAUGUACCCAUCCCCUCUAUCUUAUUCCUUCCUGUGUUUUCUACUGCAGAUUGGUAUCAACGUACCCAUCCCCUCUAUCUUAUUCCUCCCCAUUAGAGAUUAGUAUUUACAUAUCCCAUUCAUUCUAUCUUAUUCCUCCCUGUGUUUUCUACUGCAGAUUGGUAUCAACGUACCCAUCCCUGUGCCCCUACCCAUGUUC